AAAAGUGAAAAAAUGGAAUGGUAUUAUUCGUAUUAAAAGGGGCAUUUUAGACAUAGAAAAAUUGUAUAUUUACCAUAUAUUUUCCUUUCUCACUCAUUAUAAACGAAUCGCAGUUUUUUUUUUUCUUGUCACAACUGAAAACAUUUUACUUUGUGGCGCGAGUUGCAGAGAAACGUCCGGAUUUCAAAAAAAGAAAAAAAUGCUGUUCCCUUUCAUCUCCUCUGAGUUCUGAUUUCUUCACAGAAACUGAAACUUCAUCGCUCAAUUUUUUUUUUUCUUUCUUUUUCUGCUCUGUUCUCUAUUUCUUCCUUUGAAGCUUUUGUUACAAGAAAGUGUAUGCAUGGAGGGGAGGGGAAGCACUAUCUCUGGUUCUACCGCUAACACGGAGAGUGAUUCUCCAGUUAGCGGACCAUUACCGAGCGGGGGAAUGGAUCCUCAGGUGAUGAACAUGGCUAUCAACAUGGGCAUGCAGAGGAGCCUCAGAGCAGCGGAAGUAGGUGGGGUAGAUAUGAUGUCGGGUAAGAAGAAAAGAGGGCGACCCAGAAAAUAUGGUUCAGAUGGGAGUAUAGCAUUAGUUAUCUCACAGGGCUUUUCUUCAACUCAACCUGACUUCACUCAAAAGCGGGGUAGAGGGCGGCCACCUGGUUCUGGUAAUCGGCAGAUACUUGCUUCUUUAGGUGACUUUGUUUCAAACUCAGCUGGAGGAAACUUCAUGCCCCAUGUAGUUACUAUACACACUGGGGAGGAUGUUGCAGCAAAAAUAUAUUCAUUUGCUCGGAAGGGUCCUCGAGCUAUUUGUAUUCUUUCGGCCAACGGAUCUGUUUCCAAUGUGACCAUUCAUCAGCCUGGCUCUUCUGGUGGUCUUUUGACUUAUGAGGGCCGUUUUGAGAUAUUGUCUUUAUCUGGGUCCUUUGCAAUUACUGAAACUGCCGGUGUACGUGAUAGAACUGGUGGGCUAAGUGUUUCAUUGGCUGGCCCUGACGGUCGCGUGAUUGGCGGUGGGGUAGCAGGUUUAUUAAUGGCAGCUAGUCCAAUCCAAGUUGUGGUCGGAAGUUUCAUGUCAAAUUACAAGCCUCACAAAAAGAAGUACCAAUAUGGAUUUCCAAUGGCUUCAGUAAUCCCUGUUGUCCAAGGUGCCCCAAAUGUAGUGACAGCAGCAAGGCCGAUAUCUCAAGCUAAACCUGAUGAUGACAACUGCGUCACCCCAACAUCUGCGUUACCAGGACAGAGCCAUGGUGAAGAAGAUAACUGUGCAAGCAGUAAUCCGAACCCAAACUCUGGUUUCAAAAGUGCUGAUUGGAAUGCUUCAGAGUCUGAACAGGAACAGAAGCCAUCUCCUGACAUUAAUGAGUGCGUUCCUGUUGAAUAAUAUAGAAGCCUAGAAGGUGUUAGAAUAGCUGCUUAUAAAGGCUGGAACGAUGGAGGGAUGUGGCUUACUUAAAUGCUUUAUUAUUGUUAGAAUAUUUCUAGCUUAGACUUUUGAGAAAUUUCAUGGGUUUUGUUGUUGUUAUUACUGUUCUGUUGUUUUUAAUUGUGGGAUUAUAGGUGGGUUGCCCACAGAGCUUCUCAUGACUUUUAAGGGUUAUAUGUAGUUGGAAAAUUUAUACUUAGCAGUAAUCAAAACCUGAAAAUUACAAACA